AUGGUCGCAAUGGAUUACUUUACAAAGUGGAUUGAAGCCAAACCACUGACUACGAUUGCUUCCCAAAAGGUGCUCGAUUUUGUAGUCAAAAACAUCAUAUGCAAAUAUGAGUUACCAAAGAAGAUUGUUUUAGAUUAUGGCACUAAGUUUGACAGUGACACAUUUACAAAUUUUUGUAUAAGGCAUGGUAUCACCAAAAGCUUUUUCGCAGUUGCUCAUCCCCAAGCAAACGAACUAGUAGAAGUUGUUAACAAAACCUUAAAGGACACAAUGAAAAAGUGUCUCAAAAGGCAAUUGGUCGGAUAUUUUUCUAGAAGUCUUAUGGUCAUAUCAACCUACUGCUCGAACCUUGUUGAUGCCGUUUUUCAUCAACUUAAAUUGGAAGAGCACUAA